AUGAAGUGGACCUGGGUGCUGGUGGCGGUCUUGCUGUCCUUUGGGGGGCUAUCAUUGGGCAAGGAGAGCUUGGACUUCCCAGAGUAUGAUGGAAAAGACCGUGUCCACGACCUCAAUGCGAAGAACUAUAAGUCUGUGAUGAAGAAGUACGAUGUUAUGGUAGUGUACUACCAUGACCAUCCCGGAUCCAGCCGCGUCGCCCAGAGACAGUUUGAGAUUGAGGAGUUGGCCCUUGAGCUUGCAGCCCAGGUCCUGGAUGAGUUUGAUGAUGAGGAUGUCGGAGUCGGUCUCAUCGAUGCAAAGCUCGACAAAGUAGUUGCAAAGAAAUUAGGCCUUGAUGAGUCUGACAGCGUCUACAUCUUCACAGACGAUGAAGUCAUAGAAUAUGAUGGCGAGUUUGCAGCAGACACUCUUGUGGAGUUCAUCUAUGAUGUUCUUGAGGACCCUGUGGAAAUUAUUGACAAUAGUAGGGAACUGAAAGGCUUCAAAAAUGUCGAAGAGGACAUCAAAUUGGUGGGCUACUUUAAGAGUCACAAGUCAGAACAUUUUGAGGCUUUUGCCGAUGCUGCUGAAGAGUUUCAUCCUCACAUCCAGUUCUUUGCCACAUUCAACCCCAAGAUUGCCAAGGCUCUGGAGCUGAAGCUUAAUGAGGUAGACUUCUAUGAGCCCUUCAUUGAUGAUCCAGUGGUCAUCCCAGGAAAACCUUACUCUGAGGAGGAGCUGGUGAAAUUCAUUGAAGAUAACGACAGACCAACCCUGAGGAAGCUGCAACCCCACAACAUGUACGAGAUCUGGGAUGACGAUGUUGGUGGUGAACAUAUCAUUGCUUUUGCAGAGGAGGCUGACCCAGACGGUUUUGAGUUCCUUGAGAUCCUGAAGCAAGUUGCAGAGGAUAACACCGACAACCCCGACCUCAGCAUUGUCUGGAUUGACCCUGACGAUUUCCCCCUGCUUCUGCCACACUGGGAGAAGACUUUUGGAAUUGACCUGUCCUCCCCACAGAUUGGUGUUGUCGAUGCUGAUGAUGCUGACAGCGUGUGGAUGGACAUGGAUGAUGGGGAGGACUUGCCAUCUGUAGACGAGCUGGAGGACUGGAUCGAGGAUGUUCUGUCAGGUGAAAUCGAUCCUGAUGAUGAUGAUGACGAUGAUGAUGACGACGAUGAUGAUGACGACGACGACGAUGAUGAUGACGACGAUGAUGAUGAUGAUGAUGAUGACGAUGACGACGAUGAUGACGAUGAUGAUGACGAUGAUGACGACGAUGAUGACGACGAUGAUGACGACGAUGACGAUGACGACGAUGAUGAUGACGAUGAUGACGACGAUGAUGAUGACGAUGAUGACGACGACGACGAUGACGAUGAUGACGAUGAUGAUGAUGAUGAUUAUUAAAUCAUGAAGUCAUAAUUUACUCUUUAAGUCUGACCAAUUCAGUUUCAAGAGUCAACAUCAUCAGCUCUGUCAAAUAAUCUUCUUUUGUAUCUAGUUCUUAUGUUGAACUUCAUUUUGAUAUCACAUCUUUUCGUCAUCCUCUCUCUGCAUCUCACCAGAAUAAUAUUCCAUUACUCGUUUAUCCCUCGCCCCAACAUAUUCACUAAUCCUCCAUGUAAAAAAGUACUUUCUAAGAUCCCACGGUGCCUUUAUUCCCACAUGUAACACUGUCCAGUACAAUAAAAAAAAGAAAUUCUUUUAAAA